AUGUUGCUCUUCGAGAUUUCCCAGGAGCGGACCUCGAAGGUCUGGACGGGUCAAGUCAUCUCAUGUACCACGGCUCUCUUCCUCAGCGGCUACGUGAUCCAGCAACGCACAGUGGGACAUCUUCGUGCCGCAAUAAGGCCAAAUCCUUCGCCCCAGAUAUACCUCCCCGACCGGUUUAGGCAGGACACCACCGAGCUCGCGGACGGGACAAUUGUCGUGUUGGAUGAGUACAACCGGCCCACCAGGCAGCGAAUUGCUAUUCCUGGGGAACCGGGUGGCCAGAACCGCGCUGUGCAUGAGAGCGAGAAUGGCGAGGCGGCUGUUGAAGUGAAGGAGACCCCGGCAGAGUCAUUGGGCGAGCAGCAGCAACAAAGGGUACUGGCGAUCGAGGAGCUACGGCAGGAGACAGAAAACGCAGAGAGCCAGGAGCAACACCAAGCACAACAGCAGCCACCGGUGGAGACGAAGCCACAGGCGGCUCCGUGGGAGGUGAGGGCUGAGGGCGAGCAGACACCCAGUGACAGCAACGAGCACCCGGGCGAUGACACGAAGAAGCCCGUCAGCAGGGCGGAGAGGAGGCGGCUGAUCAAGGAGGAGAUUAUGAGGCUGUCACAGGCUGAUGAACCUGUGUAUUAUCAGCGCCGACUGUGGUAA